AUGACGUUCACUACAACAGUGACUCCACCAGGAACACCAUUCCUGGCUGUCACCUGGAGUUUUGUUGAUAUACAUGGUUCCAACAUUAAUAUAGUAACCUCAACUCAAGUUAACAUAACUGGAGUGGCGUAUACAGACAGGGUCACUCUCUUCAGAUCUACUGGAUCUCUGGAGCUCAAGAACCUGACUCUUAAUGACACUGGAGAAUACACAGUCACUGUUAUACCAAGUGGCGGAGCACAACUGAGAGGAAACUGCAGACUGGUGAUACAUGCACCCGUCUCCAAUGUGAAUGUGACCUCAAACACCACAGACUUGAUGGAGUUCAGCAGCUCUGUCAAUCUGUCCUGCUCCUCCUCUGGAUCCUCCCUCACUUUCCUCUGGCUGAACAGCAGCUCUGAGGUUGUAGCCAGCGAGAGAGUUCAGCUCAUUGGUGGAGGCCACACUCUCACUAUAGUCAAUGUGACCCGCUAUGACCAAGGACCAUACAGGUGUCAUGUGUUUAAUCCAGUUAGUAAUGGCACCAGUGAUCCAGUAAACCUCUCCAUCAUCUUUGGACCAGACAAUAUUAAUCUGACGAAAUCUCCAUCACAAGAAUACUAUGAUGAAGGUUCAGAUAUCACCCUCAUGUGCUCAGCUGCCUCCAGUCCUUCCGCCCUGUUUCAAUGGUUUCUGGAUGGACACAUGCUAUCUGAUACUGGACCAGUGUUUAGACUGAUGAACAUUCAUAUGAGUCAGAGUGGGAACUACAGCUGUCAGGCCUUUAACAACAAAACUCUGAACCAUCAAACAUCUCAGCCUGCAGCCAUCUCUGUACUGAAAUCACCCAUCUCCAAUGUGGUGAUAACUCCCAACACCACAGACUUGGUGGAGUUCAGCAGCUCUGUCAAUGGCCCGGAAAAUAUUAAUUUGAAGCUGUCGCCAUUACAAGAAUUCUAUGAGAAAGGGUCAAACAUCAUGCUGUCCUGCUCAGCUGCCUCCAGACCUUCUGCCCAGUUUCAUUGGUUUCUAAAUGGAGGCCUGCUGUCUCAUACUGGACCAGAACUCACACUGAUGAACAUUCAGGAGAGUCAGAGCGGGAACUACAGCUGUCAGGCCUUUAACAAUAGAACUAUGGACCUGACAGUGUGA